UGGACAGCAGAGGAAGCUGGAACCCAGAGGCGUGAGAUGGGAGUCAGAGCCAUGCUGGGGAGCCAACUGUGGGCUGCCAUGGUCCUGCUGCUGCUGCUGCUGCAGGGUGCACAGUCCGUCUACAUCAAGUACAAUGGCUUCCAAGUACAGCUGGAAUCGGUGAAGAAGCUGAGUGAGUUGGAGAAGGAGCAGAUGUCCAACCCCCAACUGAAAACCAGUAGCCUCUUACCUGGUGUGUGCCAUGACCCAGCCUUGCCCGUGGACCUCCAGCCUGUUUGUGCCUCCCAGGAAGCUGCCAGCAUCUUCAAGGCCUUGAGGACCAUCGCCACCGACGAAUGCGAGCUGUGUAUAAAUGUCGCCUGUACUGGCUGCGGCUGAAAAGCUCCUGGGUAUCUUGAGUCCACCCCAGAUAUCUACCCCUCCCCAACCAACCCCAUCCACACUCAGGCAUCGCUGGAGUAAUCGCCACCCCUCCCAGCAUAGCUGGAUCCAUGACAAGGCA